UAUAGACUGUACAACUUUUUUUUUUUUUUCCAUCAGGAUGGAGUUUUAGGGACUGUCCCCAUCUCUGUUUCCAACGUCUCAUUAACAGAUAUGCAAAUAUGCAUUAACAAAUAGCACUUUGUUUUAAGUCUCCCUCUCUUUCUCAUACACUGCCCGCCCCAAAAAAGCUGCUGUUUGGAUUUAAAAGGCAAAUACUUAAGAGUGGAUCAUUAUUGCUGUGAUUAUUAUGUUUCUAGCAUGUUAUAUGUUUGGGAAUAGUUCUUUUAACCCUAAUUAAUGGAGUGUGUAGCUUUUCUCAAGAUAAUACAUUAAUUUAGCUCCUUUUCAUUCACAAGAUGUAAUAUAAGUCUCUGGUGUCCCCAGAAUGUGUCUGUAAAGUUUCAGCUCAAAAUACCCCACAGAUCAUUUAUUAUAGCUUGUCAAAUUUGCCUAAUUGGGUGUGAGCAAAAACACGCUGUUUUUGUGUGUGUCCCUUUAAAUGCAAAUAAGCUGCUGCUCCCGGCCCCCUUUCCAGAAGAGGGCGGAGCUUUAACAGCUCGUGCUUCUGUUGCUCAACCACAACAAAGCUGGAGAAUCUCACGCAGCCAAAAUGAGGAUUGUCAGUAACGGUGUUCAGCCUUACAUUGUUCAAACCGGAGUCGACACUGAUGGAGAGACUCAGGAAGAAGUUACAACUUUUAGAAUGAAACUGGACAUUUCUGAAUGGUUAGUGGAUAAAUUUAUGUAGUUGCUGUGGAUUCAACUCACCGACUAGCAUGUGCCAUCUGUUAAUCUUUUGUGCAAAUCCAGCGUUGAAUUGACCCUCGUUUGUGAAGCAGUCCGACGUAAAAUGACGGCAUGGCAACAACACUCUACUACAACAACUCUUCCUCUUCUCUAAAGCAGCCCAACAUGGCCUCACCCCCUUUGUUGCGUGUUCUCGGGGGCGGGGUUUAUGUCAAUUUUAGGGUCUGUGAUGUCACCAACCCAGGAAAAAGCUCAUUGUAGUCCCUACCAGUGUUUGUUGUAGUCCUUAAAAAGCAAUUUCUAAGAAAAUAUCUCCCUUUGCAUUGAACUUUGAGCAUCAUAACUUUGCAGAUGUUGUUUAUGCUCAAACAGCAACAUUACACACUAACUAAAGUUAAAAAAAAAAGUGAAAUCAUAAUCAACCACCCCUUUAAAGGGAUAGUUCUCCCAAAAAUGAAAAUUCUGUCAUCUUUUCCUCAUCCUCAAGUUGUUCCAAACCUGUGUGAAUGUUUUACGCUGAUAGGAACUUAUACAGAGCAUUUUCAAUUUGUUAUUUAUUAUUCCAUGACCUUAAAACUAAUAUUCCAGGAAGGUUUCAGGAACCAAACAUUGUUAGCUGUUGUUAGCAAACAAUUGGGAUUAUUGUUUUUUAUAUAUAUUGAGUUCAAUUUAAAUUAGAAUUGAAUCAUCUUAAUCGGAAAGAAUAUUUAAAGUCUCGCAGAAAUUUACUUUUAUAAAUCUCCAUCAAGCACGAAAAGGCUCCCGCUUCAUUGACUGACCCUCACGCUGUUUCCAUGGUAACCGUGAGUUAUUUCUGUCCUUUUAUUGUACCCUGUGGACUUAAUGGUAACUUAUACACCAAUAAUUCACCGUCACUAAGCUAUAAACAAACGCUCUUGAGUUCAGAAAACGGCGAAGCGCUCGGAAUGGAUUAAUUCUUGGUGUUCGGUCGCCCUUGGUGCUGUUUCCCUCAGGCGUUAUUAUGCAACGGCUUUAAUCCUUAUUAGGAUUACACACUCAAGACUGCCAUGACAACUAAAACGUGAAAGCUACAGUACUGUGUCUCAUUUGAUUGAAAAAUCGAUCAAAUAGUGGCAUUUUGAACAUGUAUUUAUAAAGAUGGGAUGCUUGUGAACACACUGGUGUCGUCAUAUGGCUGAAGGACGCGGCUGUGUUGAAUCACUAGUGGCGGGUGACAGCAGCGAGUCUCCAGCUAUACACAGAUACCAAAAUAGGAGCUCGACAUUCUCUAGUGGCUGAGGCUAAAUACAGGGGCCACAUGUCUGAUCUGUCCGAACACAAGUUGCACUGUUGGAGAUAAAACUUCUCCAGCGAAGAAAGGACGAGCUGUGUCAAUCAGUCAUUACGGUUCAGUUGCAAUGUCAGGAAAAGGUCAAAGCGGUUACUCAUACGAGUUCUGCGAUGCCUCUCAUUCAUCAGAAGUGCUGGAAGCUCUUCACGAGUUCCACAGCAGCGGUCUGUUCACGGACAUCACCCUGCAGUCUUCAUCCGGACAGCUUUUCCACUGCCACAAGGCUGUGCUAUCAGCCCGCAGCUCCUACUUCAAGGUAAUGUUUACCUCAGAUAUGAGAGAACGUUUAAAUGACACUAUCAACCUACCUUGCAUAGACGGGGAGAUUCUGGGUGCUUUGGUGACCUACGUCUACACUUCAAAGAUCAGCAUAACCCAGAGCAAUGUUCAGAGUCUUCUGGAGGCCACAGACCUGUUGCAGUUCAGCUCGCUCAAGAAAGCCUGCGAGAACUUCUUGAUUCGUCUGCUGGACGUCGACAACUGCCUCGGGAUGCACUCGUUUGCCGAGCUUCACGUGUGCUCUGCGCUGGAGCGUGCGGCUUUGAGGAUCAUACUGAGCCGCUUUGAGGAACUUACACUUCAGGAGGAGUUCCUAGAGGUGAAUUUCCAAAAGCUCAUGGUGAUAUUAGCAACAGAAAACCUUAAUGUGUGGAAAGAUGCGACGCUUUUGGACGCGGUGGUGAAAUGGGUCGCCCACGACGCGGCUCCUCGAAUAGACCACCUGAAAGAGCUUCUCAACUGCAUCCAUCUCGACAUGAAUGACGUAUACCUCAAAACUGCUUUGGAUCUACGCAAACGAUGCUCUGAAAGCAAAUUGCGAUCUCUAAUUCUCACCUCCUUGAAGCCAAGCAAAGUUUUCUCACACUGCUGCAAAAAACUAACAUGCAGCUUGUAUGUUAUUGGUGGAUAUUACUGGCAUCCGCUGUGUGAAGUCCACAUGUGGGACCCCGUUUCCAAUACGUGGGUUAAGGGCAAAGACAUGCCUGACUUUGCAAGAGAGAGUUAUAGUGUGGCACUUCUGGGUCCUGAUAUCUACGUCACUGGAGGAUACAGGACAGAGACUGUAGAUGCUUUAGACACCGUGUGGAUUUAUAACACAGACUCGGAUGAAUGGACAGAAGGAUGUCCAAUGAUCACAGCUAGAUAUUACCACUGCUCCGUGGCUUUACGUGGGUGCAUAUAUGUCAUAGGCGGAUAUACGGCAGGAGCUCCUACACGAGAAACUGAAUUCUAUGAUCCCUUGAAGAAGACAUGGUUCCCUGUGGCUGAUAUGAUACAAGGUGUGGGAAAUGCAACCUCUUGCGUGGUGAAUGACAGAGUCUAUGUAACAGGAGGGCAUUAUGGGUACAGAGGAACCUGCACUUACGAGAAGAUUCAGACUUACCGGCCAGAUAUCAAUGAGUGGAGCAUCACAACGAUAUGUCCACAUCCUGAGUACGGUCUUUGCUCGGUCUCCCUAAACAAUAAGCUUUAUCUGGUCGGCGGUCAGACCACCAUCACAGAUUGCUACGACCCAGAGCAAAAUGAAUGGAGACAGAUGUGUGCGAUGAAGGAGAGAAGGAUGGAGUGCGGAUCGGCCGUUAUAAAUGGGUGCAUCUACGUAGCAGGAGGGUAUUCAUACUCUAAGGGGACGUAUCUGCAGAGUAUAGAGAGGUACGACCCUGAGAUAGACUGCUGGGAGAUUGUGGGGAACCUCCCAUCUGCCGCACGCUCACACGGCUGUGUUUGUGUGUUCAGCGUGUGAAAUCACUACACCAUCACAAUCACAUCCAGUGGGGUCUAAAAGGCUGAGACCACAUUUAUUUGUUUAAACGUGGAAAUAAAUAGCGUUAAUGUCGUAAAAUGAAUACGCAAUACUUCAGGUGCUGAAUUUCUAGGUAACAAAUCAUAUUCAGGAUUCCUUUUCAAAAUUCCAUACUUUUCCAGACUCAAAUUUCCAGACUUCUCUG